AUGACAGAUGAUGAGAGUGAGGACGAAGACUUCUUUGUGGAUUUAGAAAAUAUUGUAGAUGAUGUGGAUGUUGAUAUGAAAGAAUUUCAUAUACAUGUUGAUGAAGAUGUUGAGUGGGUUCAAAAAACCACCAAAGAAGCAAGUGGUAGUGGUGUUGACUUUACUGAAGGUGAAGAUUUGGAGGUCAUAGACCCAGAAUCGUUUGAGUCACCUAUUGUAGAUGAAGAUAACAACAGAGAGAGGAUGUUGAGAGACAUAAGAAAGGAAAAAAGUUGCUCUGAGGGUGUAGUUCAUCAAAAGGCUUUCACAUUAGGACAGAAGUUCAAAACAAAGAAAGAUGUGAAAGAAUAUAUAAACAAACAUGCAGUAGAAACCAAAAGGGAUUUACAUUUUGAAAAAAAUGACAAAACAAGGAUUAGGGCUAAGUGUAGAGGAGUGGCCUCAGAUAUGAGUGCAAACAUUGUGAAGCAAAUUGAGAGUAAUCCAACCAUUCCAGUCAAUGCACUUCAAGAAGAUCUCAUCCAAAAAUUCGAGAUGAACAUGUUAAGAAUGAAGAAACAACAUGUUAUUUUGAAGGACUAUGGACUAGAGUUGAUGGAAAGAAACCCAAGUACUAAUGUAAAGAUCGAUUGUUACAGUGAGCCAAAUUUAAAUUCUGAUACAAGGACAUUUAGGAGAAUUUACAUUUGUUUAGGAGCAUUAAAAGAAGGAUUUAAGGCUAAUCUAAGGGAUUUCAUAGGGUUGGAUGGUACUUUCAUGAAAGGUCCCUAUCCUGGUCAAAUUUUGACUGCCGUAGGGGUAGAUUCCAAUAAUGGGAUAUAUCCUCUUGCAUAUGCUCUUGUUGAGAAUAAAACCACCAAUUCAUGGACAUGGUUUUUGGAACAACUUGGUGAUGAUCUGGAACUUUAUGCUAAUUCAAACUUCACUUUCAUCUCAGAUAGGCAUAAGGGUAUCAUUCCUGCAAUUGUCAAACUUUUCCCUCAAGCUGAGCAUAGGUUUUGUCUGAGGCAUAUUUAUGAAAAUAUGAAAAGGCAGUGGAAGGAUAAAGAGCUCAAAGAUUUGGUGUGGGCAUGUGCAACUGCUACUACUGUAAGGCAUUUUGAGAAAGCAUUAGAAGAGCUAAAGAAAUUCAAAGUUGAAGCUCAUGAUUGGCUGAUACAGAUUCCUCCAGCUCAUUGGGCAAGAUCUCAUUUCUCAGGGAGGGCACAUACUAACAUCUUGUUGAAUAACGUGUGUGAGGUUCUGAAUGGAAAAAUACAAGGUGGUAGGGAUAAACCUUUCAUUUAUUAUUUGGAGUAUAUUAGAGAGUAUUUGAUGAAGAGAAUUUGCAAUGUCCAAAGAGAGAUUGAUAGAUGCCAUGGUCCUCUCACACCAACUGCCACUAGUCUUCUUGAUCAAAUGAAAAGACAAGCACAAAAGCACAGGUGUAUUUUCAAUGGGGUUAAAAAUCAAGUCAUUACUCAUUGGGGUGAUCAGUUUAUUGUGAAUUUGGAUGAAAAAACAUGCACAUGUAGACAUUGGGAAAUUACAGGCAUGUUAUGCUCACAUUCAAUAAGUGCAAUAUGGGACAAGAUUAAACAUGGAGCAAAGAAUGUUCCUGAGUUGGAGCAUUGGGUCCACCCAUGCUACUGGCUAGUUACAUGGGCAGAAGUGUACAAACACAAAAUUGAACCUAUAAAUGGUAGAUUGAUGUGGCCCAAAUCACAAUGCCUAACCAAGUUGCUUCCACCCAAACAUGUUGUUCAGGUGGGUAGGCCCAAAAAGAAAAGGAAGAGGGUAUAUGAUGAACCUUCUACACAGGGGCAUAAACUGUCCAAGAGGUGGACCACUGUCACAUGUAGAAAGUGCAACAACAAAGGGCAUAAUUCAAGAACUUGUAAAGGUCAAGGUGGCCCUAAUGACAAAAGAACUGAAGAAACAGGAGGAUAA